ACUAAAUAAAUUUCCUUGAUAUUCUAUAGCAAUGCAAGAUAACGCCAAUUUCUAGUGUUUCUCCACUUGUGACAGUUGUGUACUAAACAUUAAUGAACCUGUCAAUUGAAACCACAGCCCCCAGGUCCGGGGAUAGCCAGGGAAAUUGGCGUAAUUUUACCUUCCAGCUCACAGUGAUUUGAUGGGAAUUAACUCCUGCUAUGAAUUACUGCAGUUUAACAAUGUCAGAAAAUGAAACCAAAUCAGGAUUUCAUUCCCAUCAAAUCACUGUGUUCCAGCUGGCCCCGCAGUGCUGGGUGAAUGCCGUGUCUUUGAGCCAAAAAAAGCGGGUAAUGGGCCUUACCUUGUGUCUCUGGAGUGCGGAGGUAUUUGGCGGGGAUUUUACCAGCAGUUCCUCCCUGCAGAGCGAGGAUUUUACCUGGGCUUAGCUGGAAUCGAAAGAUCUGCCCAUUUCUAUCCAGUCAUGAGACUUCCACCACUACCAACACUUCAGGACAUCAUCCGGAUGUACAAGCUUUCUGCAGCCCAGAAACUCUCCCAGAACUUCAUCCUGGACAUGACUCUCAACCACAAGAUCGUGAAGCUGGCAGGCCGCCUACAAGGUUGCCAAGUGUGUGAGGUGGGGCCUGGGCCAGGGGGGAUAACUAGGGCAAUACUCGAAGCAGGGGUGGAACAUCUGUACGUUAUUGAAAAGGACAGGCGCUUUUUCCCUGGGCUUAAGAUGCUGGCUGAUGCAACUGGGUGCCUAACAGCUCAUCAAGGUGACAUCCUCAGAUUUAGUAUGGAGAACCUAUUUCCUGAAGACUUUGUGAAACAAUGGGAGGAUUCCCCACCAAACAUUCACAUCAUUGGCAAUCUCCCAUUCAAUGUGGCCACUCCCCUCAUAUUCAAGUACAUGGAGUCGAUAUGUGACAGGACAGAUGCCUGGAGGUAUGGCCGUGUGCCCUUGACCUUGACCUUUCAGAAAGAGGUGGCGGAGAGGAUGGUAGCCAACCCGAAUGACGAACAGAGAUGUCGGAUGUCUGUUGAUGUACAGAACCAGUGUGAGGUCACACUUAAGAAAGUAAUACCAGGACGAGCCUUUGUUCCCCCUCCAGAUGUAGAUGUUGGACUGGUUCAUUUUGUUCCCCGUACAGCACCCCUUAUUAACCUUCCAUAUAGACUGGUUACAAAAGUCACGCGGACUGUGUUCCACCAUAGACAGAAAAUGAUCAAAAACAACCUUGUGAAGCUGUUUCCAUCGGACCAGAAAGAGCUUGUGGACGAGAUGUUGAAACAUGCUGACAUUGACCCAGAGCGCCGGCCAGUCACUGUGAAAAAUAUGGAGUUUGCCCGCCUAUGUCACGCCUAUAACAGCAUCUGCACACGCUUGCCUUAUAUCCUGCAAUAUGACCAUCGUAACAACACGAGUGUAAGGCAGUAUGAGGCCAUUAGACACCUGGAAAAGGAACUGUGUUCUCAACUAACAAAUGUUUCGGAAUCCAAAGAUAAUGAGGAAUAUAUUGACAGUGUCAUUACAAAUUGUGCCGAGAAGCCUGACUCUUACCCUUCAAAACAAUUAAAGGAUACAAGAAACAAAUAAUAUACUACCAUUACUCUGUUCAUAUUGAGUCCUGUGAUAAAUAAAUUUGAGUUUUAAGAUAAA